GAAGAAAGACGCUUACUGAAUAAGGUGGGAUCCAACAAGAGUGUAGUAUGGAAUGCAAUAGCUUAUGAAUUACUUUUUUUCUGAGAGAGCUCAACAGAAUGACACCUAAGGAAGGGAAAGUCUUUGACACUUGGUACGUUUGUGAUUUUUGGUCAUUACUUGAAAAUUAAUAAGUUUGAAAUCACUAGUCUUAGAAAUGGAAGAAAGUGAUGACUCUAUCAGCCUAUCUCAGCGUGUAGGCAAGAAAUUCGAAAGAGAAGAUGACCCAGCAAACCAAUGGUAGGCAAAUCCCAGCAAACUGAUGUAAUAGAGAAAAAGAAACACAUGGCCAUACCAAAAUCAUCUAGCCCCAAAACUACCCAUCGUAUUGGUAAUACUUCUGGAAGCAAAGGCAGCUACUGUGCCAAAGCCUAUGAGUCUAUUAGAGUAUCUUCUGAGCUUCAGCAAACUUGGACAAAGAGAAAGCGUGGACAGGAAAUGACUAGUAAGUGUCUCCAGACAGACACCAUUGUAGAAGAGAAAAAAGAAGUCAAGUUAGUUGAGGAAACCGUGGUACCUGAAGAAAAGUCAGCUGAUGUUAGAGAAGCUGCUAUUGAAUUGCCAGAGAGUGUUCAGGAUGUAGAAAUUCCACCAAACAUACCUUCAGUUCAACUAAAAAUGGACAGAUCUCAGCAGACCAGCCAUACAGGAUACUGGACCAUGAUGAACAUCCCCCCUGUAGAAAAAGUGGACAAGGAACAACAGACAUACUUUAGUGAAUCAGAAAUAGUGGUUAUUUCCAGGCCAGAUAGUUCUUCUACAAAGUCAAAGGAAGAUGCCCUGAAACAUAAAUCGUCAGGAAAGAUUUUUGCUAGUGAACACCCUGAAUUUCAACCAGCAACAAGCAGCAAUGAAGAAAUUGGGCAGAAAAGUAUCAGCAGAACUUCAUUUACUCAGGAGACUAAAAAAGGUCCCCCGGUACUUUUAGAAGAUGAGCUUAGGGAAGAAGUAACUGUACCUGUUGUACAAGAAGGUUCUGCUGUUAAAAAAGUGGCUUCUGCUGAAAUAGAGCCUCCAUCAACAGAAAAAUUCCCAGCUAAAAUACAGCCUCCAUUAGUUGAAGAGGCCACUGCUAAAGCGGAGCCCAGACCUGCUGAAGAGACCCUCCAAGUACAGCCAUCAACUGAACAGACUCCUGCUGCUGAGGCAGCCACUGCAGUUGCAGAGAAUUCUGUUAAAGUUCAGCCUCCACCUGCUGAAGAGGCCCCAUUAGUGGAGUUUCCUGCUGAAAUUCAGCCUCCAUCAGCUGAAGAGUCUCCUUCUGUAGAGCUUCUUGCUGAAAUUCUGCCUCAAUCAGCUGAAGAGUCUCCUUCAGAAGAGCCUCCUGCUGAAAUUCUGCCUCCGCCAGCUGAAAAGUCUCCUUCAGUAGAGCUUCCUGGUGAAAUUCGGUCUCCCUCAGCAGAAAAGGCUCCCAUUGAAGUACAGCCUUUACCAGCUGAGGGCGCCCUUGAAGAGGCCCCAGCUAAAGUAGAGCCUCCCACUGUUGAAGAGACCCUUGCUGAAGUUCAGCCUCUAUUACCUGAAGAGGCUCCUAGAGAAGAGGCUCGAGAACUUCAGCUUUCAACAGCUAUGGAGACCCCUGCAGAAGAGGCUCCUACUGAAUUUCAGUCUCCAUUAGCUAAAGAGACCACUGCAGAAGAGGCCUCUGCUGAAAUUCAGCUUCUAGCAGCUACGGAGCCUCCUGCAGAUGAAACUCCUGCCGAAGCUCGGUCUCCACUAUCUGAGGAGACUUCUGCAGAAGAGGCUCAUGCUGAAGUUCAAUCUCCAUUAGCUGAAGAGACCACUGCAGAAGAGGCCUCUGCUGAAAUUCAGCUUCUAGCAGCUAUAGAGUCUCCUGCAGAUGAAACUCCUGCUGAAGCUCAGUCUGCACUAUCUGAGGAGACUUCUGCAGAAGAGGCUCCUGCUGAAGUUCAGUCUCCAUCAGCUAAGGGAGUUUCUAUAGAAGAGUCCCCUCUUGAGCUUCAGCCUCCAUCAGGUGAAGAGACCACUGCAGAAGAGGCCUCUGCUGCAAUUCAGCUUCUAGCAGCUACAGAGGCUUCUGCAGAAGAGGCUCCUGCUGAAGUUCAGCCUCCACCAGCUGAGGAGGCCCCCACUGAAGUUCAGCCUCCACCAGCUGAGGAGGCCCCCGCUGAAGUUCAGCCUCCACCAGCUGAGGAGGCCCCCGCUGAAGUUCAGCCUCCACCAGCUGAGGAGGCCCCCGCUGAAGUUCAGCCUCCACCAGCUGAGGAGGCCCCCGCUGAAGUUCAGCCUCCACCAGCUGAGGAGGCCCCCGCUGAAGUUCAGCCUCCACCAGCUGAGGAGGCCCCCGCUGAAGUUCAGCCUCCACCAGCUGAGGAGGCCCCCGCUGAAGUUCAGCCUCCACCAGCUGAGGAGGCCCCCGCUGAAGUUCAGCCUCCACCAGCUGAGGAGGUCCCCGCUGAAGUUCAGCCUCCACCAGCUGAGGAGGCCCCCGCUGAAGUUCAGCCUCCACCAGCUGAGGAGGCCCCCGCUGAAGUUCAGCCUCCACCAGCUGAGGAGGCCCCCGCUGAAGUUCAGCCUCCACCAGCUGAGGAGGUCCCCGCUGAAGUUCAGCCUCCACCAGCUGAGGAGGCCCCCGCUGAAGUUCAGCCUCCACCAGCUGAGGAGGCCCCCGCUGAAGUUCAGCCUCCACCAGCUGAGGAGGCCCCCGCUGAAGUUCAGCCUCCACCAGCUGAGGAGGCCCCCGCUGAAGUUCAGCCUCCACCAGCUGAGGAGGCCCCCGCUGAAGUUCAGCCUCCACCAGCUGAGGAGGCCCCCGCUGAAGUUCAGUCUCUACCAGCUUAGGAGACUCUUACAGAAGAGACCCUUGCUGCAGUACACUCUCCCCCAGCUGAUGAUGUCCCUGCAAAAGAGGCCCCCGUUGACAAACAUUCCCCACCAGCUGAUUUGCUUCUGACUGAGGAGUUUCCUACACGAGAGGCCUCUGCUGAAGUUUCACCUCCACCAUCUGAACAAACCCCUGAAGAUGAGGCUCUGGUAGAGAAUGUGUCUACAGAAUUUCAGUCACCGCAAGUGGCAGGAAUUCCAGCAGUAAAAUUAGGAUCAGUUGUUUUGGAAGGUGAAGCAAAAUUUGAAGAGGUUUCAAAAAUCAAUUCUGUCCUUAAAGAUUUGUCUAAUACCAAUGAUGGACAGGCUCCCACUCUUGAAAUAGAAGGUGUUUUUCAUAUAGAAUUAAAACAACGUCCUCCUGAACUGUAGUCAGGUUGUACCUAAGCUAGCAAUCAGAAGCUACAUGGUUUUGGAAGAACAUACUUUAGAAAAGGGUGGGCAGCGGGAAGUAGCUUUGUCAAUAAGGCAAAUUAAAGGGGACCCCAAGACUUGGAAUACAGGUUGGAAAAUGAACAAUAA